AUGUCGUCGCCGCAGCCCUCCGAAAUCACCGUCGCGAGCUUGCCCGAGCUGCUCAAGGAUGACGCCGCCGUCAAGGUCGGCGGUAUUGACGUCGAUGGCAUUCUGCGCGGCAAGCUGAUGGCCAAGUCCAAGUUCCUCUCCAUCGCUGAGGCUGGCUUCGGCUUCUGCUCCGUCAUCUUUGGCUGGGACAUGCACGACCAGACCUACUUCAAGGAGCUCAAGAUCAGCAACGCCGAGAAUGGCUACCGCGACGUCAUUGCCGUGCCCGACCUCUCGUCCUACAGGCGCAUCCCCUGGGAGAACAAUGUGCCCUUCUUCCUCGUUAGCUUCUUUGAUCCCGACACCAAGGAGAGCAUAAGCGCCUGCCCCAGGUCGCUGCUGCAGAGGACGGUCGAUAAGCUGAAGGCGCAGGGAAUGGGUGCCAUGGCCGGAGCCGAGUACGAAUUCUACCAGUUCAAGGCCCCCGUCUCCCAGGACACCAGCGAACGCAAUUCCUCCUCGACCGCCGCAUUUCUGAGGGACAACCCUACCCAUCAGUUGCCUGCCCUGACCGAGGGUAUGUUUGGUUACAGCUUGACCAGGCCAGUGCACAACCAGGAAUACUACUAUGGCAUCUUCGACGCCUGCGCCAAUUUCAGAUGCGGCAUCGAAGGCUGGCAUACCGAGAGUGGGCCGGGUGUUUUUGAGGCUGCGCUCGAGUUCGGCGAGAUUAGAGAAAUGGCCGACAAGGCCGCGCUUUUCAAGCUCACCGUCAAGUCCCUCGGCUCCAAGUUCGGCAUAACGCCCUGCUUCAUGGCAAAGCCGCGCUCUGGUCUCCCGGGCAACAGCGGCCACAUGCACGUCUCGCUGGUCGACGAGAGCGGCACGAACCUCUUCUACCGUGGUUCUGAGGACCCCAACCCUCCGUUCCCGGAUGUGCGGUACCUGUCAGAUCUCGGCCGGCACUUCUUGGCGGGUCUCCUCGAAGGCCUGCCCGACAUCAUGCCCAUCGUAGCGCCCACGAUCAACAGCUACAAGCGUCUCGUCGAGAACUUCUGGGCGCCUGUGACUGUCUCGUGGGGCCUGGAGCACCGCGCUGCCUCGAUCCGCCUCAUCACCCCUCCCACCGCGAGCCCCAAGGCCUGCAGGUUCGAGGUUCGCGUUCCUGGCGCCGAUACCAACCCUCAUCUCGUACUCGCAGCCAUCCUUGCACUGGGCUGGCGUGGUGUCGAGAAGAAGUUGGAGCUCACCCUGCCGCCGCUCGGCAAGGGCCAGAACGUCGGCGGCGUAGAAGACAAGGGCCAGAGGCUGGCGAAGAGCUUAAAGGACGCCACGGCCACCAUGGCCAGGCCCGGCAGCGUCGCCAGGGAGGCAUUGGGCGAUGAGUUCGUGGAACACUUCUGUGGCACGAGGGAGCAUGAGAUCAGGCUGUGGGAUGAGGCGGUCACUGAUUGGGAGUUCAGGAGGUACAUUGAGACGGUCUAG